GAGGCUGCAAAGUCCGGCCUUGCCAGAAGACUGGCCCCUAGGAUGCCAAGGCCGCCGUUCAAUGCUUCAUGCUGACUACAGCGCUUUCCUCUUCAAAGGUCGGAAGCUGAAAGGAGUUCAGCCAAAGCCGCCCUUGCCUCCUCCUGGGCCCAAGGCCGAGGAUGAGGAUGCGCGUGAUCCGCAUGGCCAUCUCCUCAGGCAAAACAAGGUUUGUGGCUAUGCGCUCAAGCCUGGGGAACAGCGCUGCUGUGAGAAGAGCGAAGAAGAAUGCCACAAGUGCUGCAUAGACAGGACCUUUGACGCCAUUGAAGGCGAACCCUCGCCAGACACCUGCCGGAGAACAUGCAUCCGGAUGUGCUACAAAGGCAAGGAUGAGAAUGGCACACCUGGCAAGCAUCUGCCGCGGUGUCCAGAUGAUCCGGAUGCACUCGUCAGCCUCUACCCCAAGAAUGAGAAGGACGAGAAGUUGAAAGACUUCGUGAUGUUGCCAAAAGCUGGGGGUAUCCCGGACCAUCUCAAGAAUCUCAAGGGCUCGUCGAAGAGAUAG